GACAAAAAAAAAGAAAGAAAGAAAAAAAAGAAAAAAAUAGCCUCUCAGCAUCGGAAUGGUAACACGACAAUGUGCUUGUCAGACAUCCUGGUACGAUGUGGGACAGUUAAAGUUGAUCAGGAGAGUUUUGUGUUUUAAACUCAAGUGUUAGGAAGUGUUUAGGAACUCUUCGGCCAACUGGGACCAGACUAAUGGAAAGAGAGAGGAGGAAAGAAGGCAAAUCUUUUCGCUCAGGCAGAAGCGCCAUGCGCUGCCGGGGCAACAUUUAAGCCUUUUCUUUAUUUUUGUUGUGUUUUUUUCUUCCUUUGUAAUUCUUCUCGUCGGGUCGGAGAUGUGCUUUCCCGUCGCUCGGAGCUCUGUAGCAUGAUAGUGAGUGCGAUAUGUCGAACGUGAGGCCGAGUAAAAGCGCGGAAUGGCUGCAACUCGAGCUGGAGACCCGAGGCGCGUCUGGUCUGCUCGUGCUGGACUACCGCUCGCACGAGCUCUACGAGUCGUCCCACGUAGAGACCGCCAUCAACAUGGCCGUGACGGGGCUGAUGCUCCGGAGGUUCCGAAAGGGCAACAUACCCGUGCAGACCAUCAUCCCCAAACACGAGGACAAGGAGAAGUUCUUGAGGCGGUGCAAGACGGACACGGUGGUCCUGUACGACGAGAGCGGAGCGGACUGACAGGACGGCGGGUUUUCCUCCCCGACCACCAUCCUGUUCCUGCUCCUCAAAAAACUACGAGACGACGGCUGUGAAGCCUACUAUCUUCCAGGUGGUUUUGAAAAGUUCCACACCAAGUACCCGGAGCACUGCGAGACCCUCCUGGAUGGCUCGUGCCCGAGCUCGUCGCCCCCCAUGCUGGUUCUGGGCUUCRGGAACCUGCGGCUCAGCUCGGAUUGCUCGGACGGCGAGUCGGACCGCGAGCCCAGCAGCACCACGGAGUCCGAGGAGAGCCCCGUCCCCAGCAACCAGCCCGACUUCCCCGUUCAGAUCCUGCCUUAUCUCUACCUGGGCUGUGCCAAAGACUCCACCAACCUGGACGUGCUGGGCCAGCACAACAUCACCUACAUCCUGAACGUCACGCCCAACCGUACAAACAGAUCCCCAUUUCGGACCACUGGAGUCAGAACCUGUCGCAAUUCUUUCCAGAGGCCAUAUCAUUUAUUGACGAGGCCCGAUCGAAGCGCUGCGGCAUCCUGGUGCACUGCCUGGCCGGCAUCAGCCGCUCGGUGACGGUCACCGUGGCCUACCUGAUGCAGAAACUCAACCUCUCUCUAAAUGACGCUUACGACUUCGUAAAGAGGAAGAAGUCGAACAUUUCCCCAAACUUCAACUUCAUGGGCCAGCUCUUGGACUUUGAGAGGACGCUGGGGAGGCRCACGCCCUGCGACAACCGCUCCACCAGCGAGCAGCAGCUCUUCUUCACCACGCCGACCAAUCACAACGUCUUUCAGCUGGAGUCCACAUGAGGAGCAGGAAAACAAAYCGUCGUUUGGGUUGUUGUUUUCUAACYCUGUCAGCUGCUUCGCUCGCCGAUGCAGGCAGAAAGUCGGUGACGGCGUUCAGCACCAGAACCAACGUUGUUUGUUUGUUUUUUAAAGAACUAAACGUUUUCAAGUCUCGAUGCCUUAACAUUUAACACAGGAAAGAUGUCAACUUCCCACCACACACUGAGUUGUUAAAACAGUAUAAUUACAGGACAUUUCUUCUUUUUUUUUCUACGUUUUCUCUGCAUUUGUUACGAGUUUUUGCCUUUGUGGUCUAAAUCCAGUCUUUGGCCGAUCAGAAUGUUUUCUGGGGAACAAUCUGAGGUGGUUUUUAUUUUUUUUUUUUUUUUUACUCUAGCUGAUGAUAAGCUACCGUGCUGAUCCAUUGAACACUUACUGAUGGCUGUUUUGUAAUCACAGCAGAGAGCUUUCUUUCUUUUUAUUUUUUUACAGAAUAUACUCACUAAUAUUUGAUAAGCAUUAAUAGACUUUAAAUUCAAGUAAAAUCAGGCGUCUGUAUAUAUUUAAACAGUAUUUUAUUAUUAUUAUUUUUUARUUUGAAUAUUUUAUUCUGCAGAGGCCCUCUGGUAUUUUAUCCUUCACAACUGCAUUAUUUACAUAAGGUCUUGUUUCCACAAGGAUCUUGUUUUGUAAUGUUUGAUGCUGAGGCCUUGGCCGCUCUGAAAUGUUAAAAAAAAAAAAAUGAUCACAGCGUUAGUAACCACGCUGAGGCAAAAUGUUUAGGACCGGCUUCCCCCACAGUCAGACGCCCACCUUACAGUUUCCUUUGACACUCUUCAGCCUGCAGCUCCUCCUCCUCCUGUGGCUCGUCUCUACAGCAGGAAUUAACGCAUAUAAUGCCAGUCUUGACUAUGAAUGAGCGAUGAAUGAAAGGAAGUACCUUUUUGACCAGAGUGUUCUUACCUCAACGCCAGACAUUUUCAGGGAUUUAUUUUGUUUUUUAUAUAUAUAUACCAGUUUGACUGCAUGUCAUCUUGGCCUCUUAAAGUGCACUCAAGGGCUGUCUUGUUUCGUAUGUUUGUAAAGAUGUACAUAAAACUUGUUACGGGGGGACGUUUUCUCUAAAAUCAUGAAGGAUAUGGAAGUGACCCUUUCGAAACCUUUAUGUAUAGCGACUAUAAAGCUAAACGUCCAAGGCAUUCUGUAUAGGUUUUUACUGCAAAUAAAUGGUAUAUUUUUUACUUAAAA